ACACACACACACAUACACACACAGAGGCAUUUCUGUAUUUGUGUGUACGUGUUGGGAGCUGACGAGUUGUACUUAUCCUUUUGUAGUCAGGAGGCUCCCUCCUUUUAUUCCAGCGGUGUCUACACAAACACAGCCAGGCUAGCCACAGUAUUAAAUCUUCCAACGCCAUGUGGUUUUGUGAGCUGGUAGCAGAUGGACUUUCUUUUGCAUCUGCUGUGUACAGACUUGGCUUUGUACUCUUUUCCUGGGGGACACAAAGUCUUUCUUCCCUGCUAGUUGAUUCCUGUUUUGUGAAGCAGCUAAGAAAAAACGUCUGUGGCAGGCUGAAAAUUUCACAAAGGAUUGACAAACACCAUUAGCUGAAAAUGUUCCAUUUAAUAGCCAGUGUGUAUUGUUUACAGUAUGGCGAAUCUCUUAAAGAAUCACCCUCAGAAAAUGCACGCAGAGGAGAUGGGGCUCUGUGCUUCUAAUUAAGGUUUUAAGUCAUGAUGCAGGAAUCCGCGACCGAGACAAUAAGCAACAGUUCAAUGAGUCAAAAUGGAAUGAGCAGUCUAAGCAGCCAAUUAGAUGCUGGCACUAGAGAUGGAAGAUCAAGUGGUGACACCAGCAGUGAAGUAAGCACAGUCGAGCUGCUGCAUCUGCAACAACAGCAGGCGCUACAAGCAGCAAGGCAAUUACUCUUACAGCAGCAAAGCAGCGGCCUGAAAUCUCCAAAGAACAACGACAAACAGCGUCCACUGCAGCAGGUGCCCGUGUCGGUGGCCAUGAUGAGUCCCCAGGUCAUCACCCCUCAGCAGAUGCAGCACAUCCUCCAGCAGCAGGUCCUUUCCCCUCAGCAGCUCCAGGCCCUGCUCCAGCAGCAGCAGGCAGUGAUGUUACAGCAGCAACAUCUGCAGGAGUUUUAUAAGAAGCAGCAGGAACAGUUACACCUUCAGCUCUUACAACAACAACAUCCAGGCAAGCAAGCAAAAGAGCAACAGCAGCAGCAGCAGCAGCAGCAGCAGCAGCAGCAGUUGGCCGCCCAGCAGCUUGUCUUCCAGCAGCAGCUCCUCCAGAUGCAGCAGCUCCAGCAGCAGCAGCACCUGCUCAGCCUGCAGCGGCAGGGCCUCAUGUCCCUGCCCCCCGGACAGGCCGCCCUCCCCAGCCAGGCGCUCCCGCAAGCUGGCCUGAGCCCUGCAGAACUCCAGCAGCUGUGGAAAGAAGUGACCGGGGCUCACAACAUGGAUGACGGCGGCAUCAAACACAGCGGGCUCGACCUCACGACGACCAACUCUUCCUCUACUACCUCCUCUACCACUUCCAAAGCAUCACCACCGAUUACCCAUCAUUCCAUAGUGAAUGGCCAGUCUUCAGUGCUCAACACGCGAAGAGAAAGCUCACUACAUGAGGAGCCAGGGGCCUCGCACUCCCUCUACGGCCACGGAGUCUGCAAAUGGCCUGGCUGCGAAAGUGUCUGCGACGAUUUCAGCCAGUUUUUGAAGCACCUUAACAGCGAGCACGCAUUGGACGAUAGGAGCACUGCGCAGUGUCGUGUCCAGAUGCAAGUCGUACAGCAGCUAGAGAUACAGCUUUCUAAAGAACGCGAACGUCUUCAGGCAAUGAUGGCCCACUUGCACAUGCGACCCUCAGAGCCCAAGCCAUCUCCAAAACCGCUCAACUUGGUGUCGAGCGUCACCAUGUCAAAGAACCUGCCGUCGACGUCCCCUCCGAACUUACCUCAAACCCCCACCACGCCGACGGCCCCAGUGACACCGCUCUCCCAGGUGCCCUCCGUCAUCAGCCCGGCCAGUGUGCCGAGCGUGGGGGCCAUUCGGAGAAGGCACUCGGACAAGUACACUGUCCCCAUGUCCUCAGAGAUUGCCCCAAACUAUGAGUUUUAUAAGAAUGCAGAUGUCAGGCCUCCAUUUACUUAUGCAACUCUCAUAAGGCAGGCUAUCAUGGAAGCAGGUGACAUGCAGUUAACACUUAAUGAAAUUUACAGCUGGUUUACGCGGACAUUCGCCUACUUCAGGCGUAACGCAGCAACUUGGAAGAACGCGGUUCGCCACAAUCUCAGCCUGCACAAGUGUUUUGUUCGGGUCGAGAACGUGAAGGGGGCCGUGUGGACAGUGGAUGAAGUAGAAUACCAAAAGCGGAGGUCGCAGAAGAUAACGGGAAGUCCCACGCUAGUUAAAAACCUGCCCUCUAGCCUGGGUUAUGGAGCAGCUCUUAACGCAAGCCUACAGGCCGCGUUGGCGGAGAGCAGUUUACCAUUGCUGGGGAACCCGGGCCUGAUGACCAGCAGCUCGACGGGUCUGAUGAACAGUAACUCCACAGGCCUGUUACAGUCCUCUCCUGAAGAUCUGAAUGGCUCUCUGGACCACCUGGACACCAAUGGACACAGCAGUCCUGGCUACUCACCCCAGGCCCACAUGCCACCCAUUCAUGUCAAAGAAGAACCAUUAAACAUGGACGACGACGAGUGUCCAAUGUCGUUAGUGACAACGGCCAAUCACAGUCCGGAGCUGGAGGAGGACAGAGAGCUGGAGGAAGGGAAUUUGUCUGAGGACCUGGAGUAAUGGACUGAGACAAACUGCAGCCACAGGGUCAAAUUUGCAGGCCUCCGUUACCACGCCACUACCAACUACACACGGCAAAACUUUUACUGUGACUAUUUAUUGAGCAUGCAUCGAGGAGACAGCCUAAAGGAACUUUUUGUUACAGCCCUUUGGGAACCAGAAAUGACAGGCAUAAACUGCUUGGUUUUUAACCCACAAAGACUUAGUUCCUUAUAAACUCAAAUGGCUUGGCCAUACAUGAGGGGGGAAAAAAAAAGAUUUGGCUAACAUGGGCUCAUGUACUGAACGAGAUGGAGGAAGUCUGUUGUGUAGAAAGCUAAUGGCCUCAUAUACUGCCAAAAAUAGUUUUAGUUUCAUUCAGUGUGAAUUUCAAACAUACAGUAGUUGUUGAUAUUAGAAACAAUUGCUGGUCCAAUUCAAGUUGUUGCUCUUUAUUCAUUUGCACAGGAGUAGUAUCAGAAAUUAGUGUCACAGAUUGUAUGUCGCUAUAUUUUAUUGACCAGUAUUUCUUUUUUUCCAUUCAUUAAAUUAUCAUUUUGGCACCACCAACUGUAAAUGACAUUUGUUUAGUCACCAAUAACAGAACCACAGUGUCAGACUGUUGCAACUGUCCAAAAAAAGUAGGCUUCCAGUCUCUUUCUGUUUGUGCUGAAAUGUGACGUGAGAUAUUAAGCUGAAACGUAACUGUUUGUGCAAGCACCAUAGUGAAAAAAAAUGCAUUUCUGCAUAAUCUAUUACUGUUCUCUUUACCUCCUCGUUCUAAAGCUUUGUCUACCUGCAAACAGUCAAAGGCAACAGCUAGAAACCAAAGCCAACUCUAUCAAUGGCCAAUAGCUCAGACAGAAGCAGCCUGACUCUUCUGUAACUUUAAUGAGUACAAAGGAAGCUUUCCAUGAACUACCUUCUAAUAACCUCUGGGAUUGUUUCAUUUAGCCCUGUACAAAGAAAUUGAUGUGUAAUUUGAUAACUUGUUGAGCGUCCACCUGGAGAGCAGAAAGAGCCCUCCCAGCACUUAUGGCUGGGGGAGAUGGGAUGUGAACCGACACGCAGGUGGUGGGAACUGGUAGGGAGCAGCUAUAUGUGGAACAUGAAGAAC